UAAAAACCGCAAUGGGGUUUGGGUUUCACGUGAAUAUCUUGUGUAGCUAAUAGCAUCAAUUUCAUCUCCGGCCACUUGGGCGACGUACGGCGGAAGUUCCAAGCAGCCUACCUGUAUGCAGCCAAAAGCCUACAGCAGUAAUUAUCAACGAGAAAUAUGCUGCGGUUGGCCGGCAGCACCAACAACUUCGUUUCAGACUUCCCCACCGCCACCAAUGGCUACCCUUCUACUAUAAUAACUUCUCUUUCUCAUUCGCCGGCGGCGGCGGAGGAAGAAGCUCUUAUGUCCUCUCGAGACGGCAAUGAUCUUCAGCAGGAUAUCUACAAGGUGUUCGUGGGCUCGUGGAACGUCGGAGGGAUCUCACCGCCGGAGGAUUUGGAUCUCCGAGAUUGGCUCGACGUUCUUAAUAACGACGGUGCCGGCUCUCCAUCGCCGGACAUCUAUGUUCUUGGGUUCCAGGAAGUGGUGCCUCUGAGGGCGGGAAACAUAAUCCUAGGUUCCUCCGAAAAUCACGGCAACUAUACCGUUCCCUUCAGAUGGAACUCCGCAAUCGAGGCAGCUCUCAACAACGACGGCGCAGAAGAACACUACGAUUGCUUGGUGAGCAAGCAGAUGGUCGGAAUCUUCAUAACGGUCUGGGUAAAGAGAAAUGUCAGGUCACACAUCCGCCACACCGCCGUCUCCUCCGUUGGCUGCGGCCUCAUGGGUUGCUUCGGCAACAAGGGUUCGGUGUCGGUGAGGUUUUACGUGGAGAAGACGAGCUUCUGCUUCGUGUGCAGCCACCUGGCUUCCGGCGGGAAAGACGGCGACGAGAGGUUCAGAAACGCCAACGCCGGCGAGAUCAUGUCGCGUACCAACUUCCCACGCCGAUCCGCCCACUUGCGCAACUUGCCCCGCAAGAUCCUUCAUCACGAUCGAGUGGUAUGGUUGGGUGACUUGAACUACAGGAUAUACCUACCAGAGACCACCACUCGAUUCCUCGUCCAGAAAGGAGAGUGGAAUGUUUUGCUGGAGAAAGAUCAGCUGAAGGCGGAGCUGACGAAGGGACGCGUGUUUGAGGGCUGGCAGGAAGGCCGAAUCCAAUUCCCGCCCACUUACAAGUACUGUCCCAGCUCUGGGCUUUACUACGGUAUUGAAUCCGGCCCGGCCCAACGACCUAAGCCCUCCAAAGGCCGCGCUCCUGCCUGGUGCGACAGAGUAAUAUGGUUUGGAGAUGGCCUGAAGCAGAGCCAAUACGAGAGAAGAGAAAACCAACUGUCCGACCACCGGCCGAUCCGAGCAAUCUUCACGGCGCAAGUAGACAAACUUUCCCCUCCCUAAUUAUAGCUAAUAAUUAUUCCUAUCAUCACUGUAACUACCGCCAUAUAUAUUCGUUUGCUUUUUUUUUUUUUUUUUUUG